CUAGUCACCGUGGUUGCAUUCUUAGUGGCAUUUUGUAGCAAACGCCGCUGCAAAGUUUGCGGUGUACAAUGGAAGAUGGUAAUUUUGAUAUGUCCGACGGAGAAAUUCAAAACGAUGGUGUAAAGGGCGGAUUCGGUCAUCGGAACAGAGGAACUGAUGGUUUUCCACCUAGAGGUCCACCGAGUUUUGGACCCAGGGGACCCCACCCUCGCUUCCGGGGGCCACCCCCCGGCAUGAUGGGGGGCAACCGGCGCGGCGGGCCGCCACCCCCCAUGAUGCGGCCCCUUAUGGGACGACCGCCCCCACCCGGGUACCGGCCCCGCUUCGACCCCAGCUUCCCCCCGCCCCCCAACAUGGGGCCUCCUCCUAUGGGCAUGGGACCCCCUCCUGGCAUGAACGGCGACGCAUUUGGUGCCAUGCCUCGACCACCAAUGAUGCCGAUGGGUCCUCCAGGAUUCGGCAUGGGCCCCCCGCAACCACCGAAUAUGGGCCCCGGCCCCGGCCCUGGUCCGGGACCGGGGGGUCCUGGCAUUCCCGGCGGUCCUCCCGGCAUGCCAGGUGGCCCCAACAUGCCUGGAGGCCCGCCCGGUAUGCCUGGUGGUCCCCCUGGUAUGCCUGGAGGUCCGCCCGGGAUGCCUGGAGGUCCGCCUGGUAUGCCUGGAGGUCCGCCCGGUAUGCCUGGAGGUCCCCCUGGAAUGUCUGGUGGUCUGCCAGGAAUGUCUGGUGGUCCGCCAGGAAUGUCUGGUGGUCCGCCCGGAAUGUCCGGUGGUCCGCCCGGAAUGUCUGGUGGCCCCGUUUCCCUUUCCGGGGGAGCCAAUGGCGCUCCGUCGGGGCCUGCCCCUCCAUCCAUUGACCUGUCGGGAGAGAUCUGGGUGGAGACAAAGAGCCCUCAGGGCAAGGUUUACUACUACAAUGCCCGAACGCGUGAGUCAGCGUGGACCAAGCCUGACGGUCCUGGGGUUAAGGUGAUUGCACAAGAGCAGAUUGAGAGCAUGGCUGCUGCUGCUGGUGUGGCUCCCACGAGCACCACUCCCGUGGCCACGACUGCCGCCCCGACGUUGACCAGUACUAGCCAGCCGAGCAGCGAUGCGGCUCCCACGGAUCGGCCCACGCCAACGAGUCAGGGCAGCGCGACGCCGACUGCCAGCAGCAGCGCACCUCCAACGAGCACAGCGAGCAGCGAGACCCCCGAACGGCAGGAGCCUCCCAAGGGAGUGCCGCCCCCCAGUCCGGGCUCCCUGUCAACAUUGGCGCCCGUCGCGGUGGGUGCCCCUCCGUUCGGCCUGCCGCCUCCAUUUGGGCUCCCGCCACCUCCGUUCGCCAUGCCCCCAGGCAUUGUCCCACCGGGGUUCCCCAACCUGGGCCUGCCGCCGCCAAACUUUAGCCAAGCUAUGGCCCUGGCAGGGUUUGUGACCCCCGUGGCUGCUGUGGCAGUGACGCCGGCCACGGCUGGCGCCCCGGAGCCCGAGCCAGAUGUACAGGAGCAGGCAGCGCAGUGGGCGGAGCACCGCACACCCGAGGGCAAGAGCUACUACCACAACAGCCGCACGCAGCAGACCACCUGGGACCGGCCGCAGGCUCUGGUCGACCUGGACAAGGCUCUGACUGCCGCGGCAAGUUCGGGCGGUGCGGCCGACGCCAGCGGGACCACCUCGGAGGCAUCCAAGCCAGCUCUCGACUCUAAGGAGCCGGCUGAAAGCCAGGGCACCCAGGAUGCAGCCACUGACGCUGCACCCCAGGCAGACGCAGGAACAGGCACCAAGCCACAGGCAGAGGCAAGUCAGCCGGCGGCUGCAAAGCGCCCACCCCCCCGGCCUCAGGACAAGUCACGGCCCGUGUCGAGCACACCGGUGCCAGGCACCCCCUGGUGCGUGGUGUGGACGGGCGACGGGCGAGUCUUCUUCUUCAACCCCAGCAGCCGCACCUCGGUCUGGGAGCGUCCAGCUGAGCUCAAGAAGCGGGCGGAUGUCGACAAGAUGGUGCAGAAUCCCCCUGUGCAGCCGGAGGCCAAGACCCAAGAUGCGGCGGCUAAGGACGGAGAGCCCCCUGCAAAGAAGACAAGGGUGGACGAAGCGGAAGGCCCCGCAACCGAGGCACAGAACGGCGCUACGGAUGUACGGCCCGAGGAGACGACGGCCGUGCGGGUCCAGGGCAAGGAGUCGGCCAUGGAGGCGGAGCUGCGUGCGGCCAAGGAGCGGGCGGCCAUUCCCCUGGACGUGCGCAUGCAGCGCUUCCGGGACAUGCUGGUCGAGAAGGAGGUGUCGGCCUUCUCCACGUGGGAGAAGGAGCUGCACAAGAUUGUGUUCGACAGCCGCUACCUGCUGCUGACGUCGAAGGAGCGAAAACAGGUAUUUGAGAAAUAUGUCAAGGAACGAGCCGAGGAGGAACGCCGGGAGAAGCGCAACAAGAUGCGCGAACGCAAGGACCAGUUCCGGCUUCUACUGGAAGCGGCGAGCCUCACGAGCAAGUCGACGUUCAGUGACUUUGCGCAGAAAUACGGUAAGGAUGAGCGUUUCAAGAACAUAGAGAAGAUGCGUGAGCGGGAAAGCAUGUUCAACGACUACAUCCAAGAAUUGCGCAAACAGGAGCGUGAAGAGAGAAUGUCUCAGAGGGAAAAGAUGAAGAAGGAUUUUUUGGAGCUGCUCAAAGAGCAAAAGCAAUUGGACAAGCACGCUCGCUGGAGCGAUAUCAAGAAGACCUUGGGUGAAGACCCACGUUACCGAGCUGUGGACAGCAGUUCCCAACGAGAAGAGUGGUUCAAGGAGUACACGGCCAAGCUCUCUGGAACGCAUGGCCACGAAGGGGACGACGAGGGCAGCCGGGAGCGUGAAAAGCAGGAGCGCAUCGAGGCGAGCCUGAGGGAGCGUGAGAAGGAGGUGCAGCGCACACUCUCAACGCACCUGCGUGAGCGAGACAAGGAGCGUGAGCAGCACAAGCAUGACGAGGCGGUGCAGCACUUCAACGCCUUGCUCACCGACCUGGUGCGCAACCCGGACGCGUCGUGGCGGGAGGCGAAGCGCACCCUACGCAAGGACCACCGCUGGGACCUAGUGGAGUCGCUGGAGCGCGAAGAGCGUGAGAAGCUCUUCAACGAGCACCUGGAGCAGCUGCAGCGCAAGAAGAAAGACAAGUACCGGGACCUGCUCAACGAGACCACCUCCAUCACCCUCAGCUCCACCUGGAAAGAGGUGAAGAAGAUGAUUCGAGACGACCCCCGGUACAGCAAGUUCUCGUCGAGCGAACGCAAGUGCGAGAAGGAGUUCAAAGAGUACCUCAAGGACAAGAUGGCAGCCGCCAAGUCGGACUUCCGGGAGCUGCUAAAGGAGACCAAGACCAUUACAUACAGGUCCAAGAAGCAGAUGGAGGAGUCUGAGCAGCACCUACUCGACAUCCAGAAGGUGCUUGAGAAGGACAAGCGCUACCUGGUGUUGGGCUGCAUUCCGGAUGAGCGGCGCAAGCUGCUCACGGCCUACAUGGAGGACUUGGACCGCCGGGGUCCGCCCCCACCCCCGACGGCAUCAGAGCCCACCCGGCGCACCAACAAGUAGCCGGCAUUUUAGACACGAGCCUCAUGCACACCCACAGGCUGCCCCAAUAAAUCGUUUCAUUCACCGCA